AUGGCUGUCAACGUGAAAGUUGGAAAUCUCACGGACUCGCAACUGCGCCAGCAAAUAUCGCAGCUUUCCGCGUCUUAUUCAAACUAUGCUUCCACUAUCACCGGUCAGCAGCCUCAGCGUAUAGAGACGCCUGCUGCCGCGGCUUCAUCAAAUACGCGACGCUCGCACUCCGCUGUGCCACAACCUGCCGUUACAUCUGUCACUGGGGCAGCUGCCGCAUCUUAUACUCCUCAAUAUGCUCGUCGUCCAGCGGGAGCCGUACUACCCACUACGCCACAGGCAGUACAGACAACCUAUGCCUCGCGUUUGCGUACAGGCGCGACUCUUCUCAUGCAACCCAUACUCGCCAGCUCCAGCUCGAAUGCUACCGCCGCACAAACAUCCACUCGUUCGCGUCGCGGCGCCAAUACGGUCUCCUAUGCCGAGCCGGGUAGCGGCGACGAAAUCCCUGAUGCUGGGGAGAUCGACUCGGACGGAGACGACAAAGACUUCAUGGCGUCGGGAGGGCUGAGAACUAGCGUGCGGAAUAUGCGAGGUGCCGCAGGUGCAACCGGCCCACCACGCGCCGCGCCUGCAGGACCGCCACCUCCAAAAACCGGAGAACUGGAGCAGUCUUAUCUGGGCGGAAUACCCCCCGCGCGAUUCAUCAGCACCAAACCUGCCGCGCCGACGCCACGUGACGCUUUUUCUGAAGAGCAACUAUUGGAUCAAGCAAAUCAAUCUGUAGCGCCCGUGCCGAUUCGUGUGGAAUUUGAAACCGACACACACAGGAUCCGCGAUUGCUUCGUAUGGGACGCCCGAGAACGCCUUUUGACGCCGGAAACUUUCGCCCAAGCAUUUUGCGCCGACCUCGAUCUCGCGCCCGGCUGGGCGGACACUAUCGCCGCGCAGAUACGCGCUCAGCUCGAAGAGAGCGAGCAGAUUGCCGGCGUUGAACUCGCAGUGGAUGGAACACAACCUGGGACGGGCGAGACGCCGGAAUGUCGCGUCAUUCUCAGUAUAGACGUGCAGAUCGACAACUUCCAUCUGCUCGAUCAUAUCGAAUGGGAUUUGCGGAGUCCGUUGACGCCGGAGGUCUUUGCGACACAGUUGUGUCGAGAGCUUGGGCUCGCGGGUGAGGCUGCGCCACUUGUCGCGCAUGCGAUACACGAGGAGUUGUUGAAGCACAAGAAGGAUGCGCUUGAGUGGGGCGUUCUGGGAGGGUCGAGCGAAAAUAGUGCAAACCCGGCGAUUGAGCCCGCGCUCGCGGCGCCGGGCGUGACGGCGGGCAUGAUCAAGGAUAAGACGGGGUUGGGCAUGGGAUGGAGCCGUGCACCGCGCGAAGUGCGCGGACCACGGGUGUUGAGGAGUGUGUGGCGGGACUGGCAGGAGGCGGAGGAAUUCGGGACAAGGUGGGAGGAACUCACGGCUGAAGAGAUCGAGAGGAGGGAGAUCGAGCGGGAGAGAGCGAGUAGGAGGUUGAGGCGAGAGACUAGCAAGUUCCAAAGCUCGACGAGGACGAGGAGAAGAUAG